GAUGACAACGUUUCGAUAUGCCGUCAGCAUAAACCUCUCCAUGAACGGAUCUGAUUAUAAUGCAGCAGAUUCUGCGAGCUCAACUGCGGGCCAUCAAUCCAUUGGAUGAUAUCGGUCCUCUCUUCUCUCUUCAGCGGUCACCAUGGGCUCACUCUUGCUCACAGCUAUUCGUUCACCCCCUCCGACUGUCCAUAUACUGAUUGCGCUUGGCAUCUUGGUGCCUCUGGUGUAUGUGGUAUACCAAAGAUGGUUCCAUCCACUGGCUUGCUAUCCGGGCCCCUUCUGGGCGUCCAUAACGGACCUCUGGCAAGUGCGACAGUUCCUAUCUCUGAAGCAGCCGUAUAAUCUCACCGAACUUCACGAGAAGUACGGUCCCUUCGUACGAUACGGCCCAGACAAGCUCAGCGUCACAUCCGAGGAUGCAAUUCCCCUCUUAUAUCAGAAGAGCGCCCGCAACAUGCCCAAGACAGAGUUCUACGACGCCUACGGUGCAAAGACUCCAAAUGUUUUUGGCAUGAGGGAUGAAAAUGUGCAUUCGAUACGGAGACGCCACAUGUCGCACAGCUUCUCGAUGUCCUAUGUCAAGGAUAUGGAGCAGUACCUCGAUAUCAACAUCAACAUCUUGCGGCACAAGAUUGAGGGUUUUGCCAGGCGUCAGGAGGUGUUCGAUCUCAAGCACAUUCUCCACUACUAUACCAUUGACGUCCUUGGGGAACUUGCUUUCAGCCAGCCCUUUGGUGUCCAACUCACCGACGAUGAAUCCCUGGUCCCGCCGGUCAUCGAGCACAGUUUACUUGCCGCCGCGACGGGCGCCUGGCCUGCCAUGACGAUGAGGCUCAAAGCGUGGCUCCCCAAAGUGCCGCAUUCUGGCUUGCGGGCUCUCUUCGAGGGCCGGGCUAAAUGCGCAGAGCUGGCGGCGAAGUGUGUCCAACGGAGAAUCGCCGAGGUGCAAGACGGCAAGGAGGGGGGUGAGCAGAGGAAGGAUAUUCUGACGAAUCUCAUCAUGGCUACACACCCGGACACUGGCGAACGGUUGAAACAGUCAGACUUGGAGGCUGAGGCGUUCGGCUUCAUCAUCGCCGGGACCCAUACCACCAGCGCGACGACUACCCUGUUGCUUUAUCACCUGCUCCACGCUCCAGACAUCUUAGCAAAGGUUGUUGCUGAGAUUGAUGCAAACCUUGAACCUCUCCAGCCUGACCAGCCCGCCUACUCUGUUACCAAGGUUGAGAAUUCACUUCCGUAUCUGCGCCAGACCGUCAGGGAGAAUUUCCGCAUCACACCGGUCUUCACUAUGCCGCUGGCGAGACGAGUCAUGGCUCCGGAGGGCAUCAUGGUGGCCGGCCGCCAUAUAAAACAAGGAACGUCGGUAGCUGUCUGCAACCAUGCCUUCCACCACAACCCCGAGGUCUGGGGCCCGGAUCACAACGUGUUUGAUCCUUCGCGGUGGGAGGUGCCCGAGACUGCAGCCCGGGCAAAGUACCUGAUGCACUUCGGGUUGGGAGGUCGUCAGUGCAUAGGCAAGACGGUGGCGCAGACCAACAUCUAUAAGCUGGUCAGCACACUGCUACGUGUAUUCGAGUUUCAACUCGCUGAUCCCAAGGAGAGGGAGGGGGUGGAAAUGGGGGAGUUCUAUGGCAAACUGCCCAGCCUCAUCAGCGUGGGUAUAAGUGAUCUCGAAGGCCCACUGUUUGUUAGAGCCAAGAGAAGGGAGUAAGGGGUUGUUUGUUUGGUAUGACGUUGAAUUGGGCAGUGUAUCUAUUUAUUAGUAUCUUUUUC